AUGAGGUCGCCGACUUGCGGAGGAAUCAGUUAUUCUCGCGUCAGGAUAACAAAGGGGCACAUGCGUCGAGGAAAUCUCAGCCAAGACACACUUCAACAAAUAAGUAAUCUGGGCCUUUCUUCGACAGAUCAGGAACCAUCAAGCAGUAAUAUCACAUCUCCCGUGGCCACGGCUCAUAGUACGCCGCCUGUUGUUACGGAAACUUCUACAUCAAUAGAUGAUCCAAUCCCUUUGUCUCAAUAUUUAUUAGAUAACUGUUCUAUAUUACUAAGAAGAUUCGGUCUAGAAUUAAAAUACAGCGAUAAAUUUCGUCAAUAUUUCGCCGUGCGACCGGAACCUGGAAAAGAAGGAACACCUAUCGAAUUAUUGUCAAAUUACUAUCCUAUUAAAUUUCCACGAGGAAAAAUUUUUCAUUACGAAGUUGAAAUCAAAAUGGAGAAUACAAACCAGUCUAAUAAGAAAAAAUAUAAAUGUCAGAAUACCAAGAUAAAGCGAAAGAUAAUGGAUACAUUGUUCACUGCUGAAGCAACCUUUUCGGGUUUUAAACCAGCAUUUGAUGGGAUGAAAAAUAUUUAUACAAGGAAACGCCUACCUAUAGAUUCUGAGGAAACAUAUUCUGUAACAGUCAACGACGAAGAAGGAAGGCAACUUGAAUGUGAAAUUAAAAUAAAGCCCGUUAACAAAAAAGACGAUUAUGGAAUCGGGAAUUCCAUAAGUCUGGAACCACUACAUCAGUUACUCGAAGGAAAUUACCGUGAUAUAACACCCGAAAUCAUUAUUGCAAUGAUCUCAAUGGAAACUAUACUAAGACACUGUCCUGCAUUGCGAUUGGUUCCUGUGGGAAGAUCGUUUUUUCAAAAAUCUGAAAGACAAGAUCUCUCAUUGGAUGGCAGUCGAGAAAUAUGGUUUGGACAUUAUCAGAGUUUGAAACUCACUAAGUCGGGAGCGAUGAUGAAUGUGGACAGAUCGGCUACAGUAUUUUUUAAAGGCGGACCCGUUAUUGAAUUUAUGCUGGAUGUUUUGUUUCGUGAUAAGAGGAGAGAGGAAGCUUUAAGAAAUAUAAGAUUUUUAACUAAGAAGCAAAUUAUGGAUUUAAAAGCCGAAUUAAAAGGCGUGAUAAUUAAAGUUACACAUCUUCCUUAUCCAAGAAAGUAUAAAAUAAGUGAUAUUACAGAAGAGAGUGCAAGUGAAACUUAUUUUAAUAAAGAAACCAAUGGGGAAGAGGUACAAAUAAGUGUAUCAGAUUAUUUUAGAGAACAAUAUCCUGGUCUUAGGUUGAAGUAUGAUAAUUUGCCUUGUUUGGUUUCCGAGAGACCUCCUUUAAGGAAAGGAAUGCCAAAGAAGAAAGUUUACUUGCCCUUCGAAGUAUGCGAAAUUAUACAACAACAUUAUAAUAAAAAAUUAUCAGAUGAACAUAAAAGAGUCAUGAUUAAAGAAACUACUCAACCGCCAAAAGAAAGAUUUGAAGAAAUUAAAAAUUUGCUGAAAAGAGUAAAAACUGAUUCUAGUGAACUUUGUAAAGAAUUUGGAAUUGACAUAAGUUUGAACGAGCUUAAACUUGUUGGUCGGAUUUUAAACACACCUGAACUUACCUAUAAAAACAAUAUAAUAACACCUAAGAAUGGCAGUUGGAAUUUAGAAAAUAAAAAGUUUUAUGAAGGAUCUCAAAUUGAUAAAUGGAGUGUAAUUAACUUUUCUGCUAAAUGUAGCAUGGGUGUAUUAAAUAAUUUUGCACGGUGUCUUCUUAACGAAGGGAGUAAACUGGAUGUAAAUUUAUCUCGUGAAUAUCGCAUAAUAAAUGGUAAUGCUCAAUCACCAGGAGAUGUCAUUAAGAGAGAGAGAAAUGAAAAUCCUUUUUUAGAACUAGUAAUAAUAGUGAUACCAGCUAAACCAAAUGAUUUAUCACGGAAAAUUUAUUCAGAAAUUAAAACUGUUGCAGAAACUGAAUUGGGACUGAAAACACAAUGCGUUAAAGACACAAAUAUUCAAAAAAAACCUCUGCCAUUGACUUUAAUUUGCAAUAUUUGCCAGAAAAUUAACGUGAAACUUGGAGGAAUAAAUAAUUCCUUAAGUCUAGAAAAAAAAUCGCCUAUUUUGAGUGAAGGUGUGAUAAUUAUUGGUGCUGAUUGUUCCCAUCCUUCUCCAGCAGAUGCUAUUCCAUACUCGAUUGCAGCAGUUGUUGGAAGCAUCGAUAACCUUCCUAGUAAAUAUACAGCGAGCAUACGACUUCAGCUACCGACAAGAAUUGAUAAUAUUAAUACUGGGAGAGAGAUUAUUGUCGAGUUGAAAUCUAUGUUAAUCGAAGUAAUCAAAACCUUCAAAGGAGAAAACAAAACAACGCCCAAAAAAAUCAUUUUUUACAGAGAUGGCGUGGCCGAUGGGGAUUUUCAUAAAGUAAUCGAUUAUGAAUUGAAACAGAUUAGAGAAGCUUGCAGUGAGUUGAAUAUGGAUAAUGAUGACAGAAAAACUACAGUUACUUUCAUAAUUGUUGGGAAACGACAUCAUACAAGAUUUACUCCUGUAAAUCCCAGUAAGGGAGUAGGCAAACAUGGAAACGUACCACCCGGAACUACAGUUGACACUGAUUUAGUGCAUCCGAUUUUCUUCGAUUUCUUCACAUGUAGCCACUUCGGUAUUCAGGGAACAAGUCGCCCUACUCAUUACACAGUUUUACAUGACGAUAACCGUUUUACAGCUGACCAACUUCAGUCUUUAACUUAUCAACUCUGCCAUACAUAUUCGAGUUGUACAAAGAGUAUAUCAAUCCCUUGUGCUGUAAAGUACGCUGAUCUCGCAGCAUACAGAGCGAAACAAUAUCUGAUUGCUAGCCAAUCAAAAAUACCGGGAAUAACAAGAGAAAUUUCCAAUACAGAAGUAUAUCAAAUACCAGAUGCCGUGAGAAUGGCCAUUGAAGUUGAUGAAAACAUAAAAAAGUGCAUGUUUUUUAUAUAAGAAGGAAUGAAGAUUAAACCGCAAUUGCUAAAUAAAAUUAUUUUAUCUCAAAUUGAUUUGCUAAUUAUUAUAAAAUGCAACCAAUGUAAUCAUUUAUAUUAACUUUAUCAGAAUAUUAAGUAAUGUACUGUACUUCAUUUUGUUUUUUCAAUAUCGAACAUUAAACCACUUUGUAUACAGAUAAUAAUGAUUAAAACUAUUUCUAUUUUGAA